AUGGACCACCAAAAAACUUAUCUUUGCACAGUACCUGCACUCAUUCAACUUGCUAAGAGGUCACUAAAUACAGGCUGUACAUAUGAUUCCUCCCAGGCACCGUUGGCUGGCAGUUUCAAUUGGGCGGUCGUACUCUCAUUCGACGACGGCGUGGAAUGGCUCCUUCGAUCGCCGCGUACGACUUAUGCUCUAGAUGAAACAACCACGAGAGCUGUGAUUGCCAGCGAAGUAGCCACGCUCAGGUAUAUCAAGCAGAACAGCUCGAUUCCUGUUCCAAAUAGAGUACGGAUCGGGCACAAUGGUUCGUGCGGUCUACUCAAGGCCGAGCAAAAGCAAAAGGUCAUGGUCCAGUUGGGUAAAGUCAUGGAUCAGUUUUCACAGCUUCUAUUUGAUAAAAUACGUUCUCUGUUUGAGGAGGAAGGGCGCUUCCGGGUGAAAUCAUGCCUACUGCCUAGCUUCCUCUUUCAUAACCGGUACGAAUUACAAGGGAUCUGUCGAGGCCCGUUCAGCGAGGAGAAUGAGUACUACAGGGCCCUGCUUUCAGUAUACUGUGGACAUAUACAACAUCUGUCUCUGGGGCAUCACGCUCUAUUUACCCCCGUGCCAGUACCUAAGGAGUAUGACUGUUAUGACAGCUAUCUAGCGGCAACAGAUCGGUGGAAUGGUUUCGUAACGCUAGGCUCCCGGGUAGAGAACAGUGGGAAUAGGUUAGAUUACUUUAUUGCAGGGCAGUUUCUUGAGAAAAUGAUACCAAGACUCACGAACAACUUUGAAGAGUUCAAAGAUCGUCAUAUGGGAAGAUUUACUCUCUACCACCCCGAUCUAAGUGCGAAUAACAUCUUUGUCGACGAGGAAUGCAAUAUUACUUGCAUUAUUGAUUGGGGCUUUGUCUCUACUGUACCGGUAGACCUUCUCCUAGCCACUCCAGGCCUGCCCCAUCCGAGGGGCGACUUGGAUCUCUCCUUGACUUCCGCAUUCAGAUCUGGCUUUACUGAUCGUUCUUAUCCUAUAUCCUGGGAAAUGGGUAGGAUGUUGUGGCUUUUCAUGCGCUUGGUUAACAUGGAUUCUUUACAAGACUAUCACUUAUUAGCGGAGCUCUAUACACUGACGUAUAGUUCGCAAGCUACCCUCCUAUUGCAUGCAUUCAACGAACAGUAUAGUCAGCCAGCUAUUACGGAUAUGCGAAAUAUCCUCUCUGCUAAUGACGAAACGGCAGCCGAUAUCGCGCGUCACGAAAAGGGUUACUUCUCCAACAUGAGCUUGCAGCGCUAUACGGUGGCCAGAAAGAUAGAUCUAGCUUCAAAACUAAAUACUAUUUUUGUCGCAGAUAAAAGACUUUGGCUAUGGAUUGAAAAGGCACUUUCUGCGGAUUGA